CCACAUCUUUUGAGCUAGAGUGAGGUGAACGUUGAGAUAUAGUGUAAAGUACGUACUCCACUGAUCACAGUUGCAGGUCCCAUGCAAAUAUCAAAUCAAGACACUAAAGACAAGGAAAUUUGAAAUGGAUGAGCGGUUCUAGUGUGCGCGACUUGAGGUCGUCAUCUUGAAAGAGAGACUUGAGGUCUUCAUUGGCCUGGAAUAAUCGUGAUCUAUCACUUUGGAGUUUGGAGUCUUAGAAGGUUAUUCUCUUCCCUGCACAGUUCAGGUCUUAUAAUUGAGGAUCUGCUUCUUGCUUGCUAGUUUUAUACUUGGUGAUUUGAAAUGAAGCUUGUCCCCAUGGAAUCUGGCCUUGUUUUAUAUUCUCUUCCCAUCAAGGUUCUGUUAUGUUGUUUGUGUUUCUUGCUAGCUGGUUCUUCCCUAGCCAGUAGUGCCACUAACCCCACAAGGUUGAGAGGGAAAGAGACUGACCGAGUUGCACUUCUAGCCAUCAAGGCUCAAAUAAAGCAUGAACCUACCUCGGUCCUGAGCUCCUGGAAUGAAUCCAGUCACUUCUGCCAGUGGCAAGGAGUUGGUUGCGGGCGCCGGCAUCAAAGGGUGACAGUGUUAGACCUACAGUCCCAGCAUUUGGCAGGAUCCAUAUCCCCCCACGUAGGGAAUCUAAGCUUUCUCAAGGAGCUAUAUCUACAAAACAAUAGCUUCACAGGUGAGAUCCCACCACAUAUUGGUCACUUGAGGAGGUUGCAGACUCUAAGACUGAACAAUAAUUCCAUCGGUGGUGAAAUCCCUGCCAAUAUAUCCAGUUGCUCCAACCUCAUUCGACUAGAUUUAGGGUACAACAAGCUGGUUGGGAAACUUCCUACCACAAUUGGGUCCUUGUCAAUGCUCCAGAGGUUUGGUUUUUACUAUAACAAUCUAGCAGGAACGAUCCCACCUUCAUUUGGCAACCUUUCAUCCCUGACCACGCUUUUGGCUAUUGGUAACAAUUUGGAGGGAAGUAUUCCUAUUUCCAUAGGGAAACUUACAAGCUUAAAAGUCUUUGCUGUGGGAGAAAAUAUGUUGUCAGGUGCUGUUCCUGCUUUCAUUUUUAACAUGUCUUCUCUCACUAUGUUGGACUUGUUGGGAAACCAAUUCCAUGGCAGGCUUCCUUCAGACAUGGGCAACACUCUUCCUAAUCUCCAAGCCAUAGAUGCUUCUUUCAACCAAAUCACAGGACCCAUUCCCAUGUCCAUAUCCAAUGCCUCCAAUCUUAGACAAUUUAUUGUUGCAGUAAAUGGCUUAACUGGACAAGUUCCCUCUUUACAGAAGCUAUAUGGACUCUGGGAAUUUGUAAUUGGCGACAAUUAUAUUGGAAGUGGGAAAGCCAGUGACUUUAGCUUUCUCUCGGAUUUGACCAACUCCACACAACUGGGGACUCUUGAUUUAACCGCCAACAAUUUUGGAGGGAUGCUUCCCCUGAGUUUAUGGAACUUCUCAAUAAGUCUGUCUGCGUUUUCUGUCCUGAAUAAUAAGAUACAUGGAAGCAUCCCAAAUGGGAUAGGCAAACUUGUCAACAUGGAGAUUCUGUAUAUGGGCGACAAUGAAUUUAGUGGAAGCAUUCCUGCUGAUAUUGGGAAGCUUCGGAGUUUAGGGAGAUUGCUUCUUAACAACAACAAAUUAUCAGGGGAUAUCCCUUCCUCCCUUGGGAAUUUAACAGAGUUAUUCACACUUGACUUGCAAGGAAAUGCUCUUCAGGGCAUCAUCCCUCCGAGUUUGGGGAGAUGUCAGAAGCUGCUUCAGUUGCAACUUUCUCAAAACAAUCUCAGUGGUGUAUUAACUCCACAAGUUUGGAGUCUCUCAUCAUUAGCAUUGGGUUUGAACCUAUCUCACAACCACUUGACUGGUUCUCUUCCCAUGGAAGUUGGAAAUCUAAAAGGUCUGAGUUCUUUGGACCUUUCAGACAACAUGUUAUCCGGAGAAAUUCCAACCAGUAUUGGCAAGUGUCAAAGUUUAGAAGUCCUCCACUUGCAAGGCAACUCCUUCCAAGGGACCAUUUCAUCUUUGGAACCAUUGAGAGGGCUUCAAUUCUUGGAUCUCUCUAGAAACAACCUCUCAGGGGAGAUUCCACAAUACUUGGAGAGGUUUCAAUUGCUAAACUUGAAUCUCUCUUUCAAUGACUUCCAGGGUGAGCUGCCAGUUGGAGGGGUCUUCAAAAAUGCCAGUGCAAUUUCCAUUGUUGGAAACAGCAAGCUAUGCGGCGGUGUUGCUCAACUCCAGCUUCACAAAUGCAACUACCCGUUCAAAGGUUCCAAGAAAAAGAGCUCCAAAUUGGUAAUGUUCAUAGUCCCUGGACUUGUGGUGGUCAUCUUGGUGGUGCUGUGUUUCCUAUAUUUUCUUCCAUUAAGAAAAAAGCUGAAGAAAGAACCUGCAUCAAGCAAUUUGGAAAAACUGUCUCAAGUGUCAUAUGAUGCUCUUCUAAAAGCUACUGAUGGGUUCUCUUCAGCUAAUUUGGUUGGUACUGGUAGUUUUGGGACGGUCUACAAAGGAGUGCUGAAUGAUGUUGGAACUCUUGUUGCUGUUAAAGUUUUCAACCUCUUACGCCAGGGAGCUUCUAGAAGUUUCAUAGCCGAGUGUGAGGCAUUGAGAAAUAUCAGGCAUCGAAAUCUGGUCAAGAUUAUUACUGCAUGUUCAAGUAUUGAUUUUCUCGGUAAUGAUUUCAAGGCUCUGGUUUAUGAGUUCAUGGAGAAUGGAAGCUUAGAGGAGUGGCUGCAUCACACUACUGAAACUGAACAAGUAACAGGAGCACCCAAGAAUUUGAACUUUCUUCAGAGGCUAGACAUAGCCAUUGAUGUUGCUUCUGCACUAGAUUAUCUUCAUAAUCAUUGUGAAACGCCAAUAGUUCAUUGUGAUCUCAAACCAAGCAACGUCCUUUUAGAUAAGAAAUUCACUGGACAUGUUUCUGAUUUUGGACUAGCGAGGUUCCUAACCGAUAACAUUUCUGAUAAUCAAACACAAUCCCUUGGACUAAGAGGGUCCAUUGGCUAUGCCGCACCAGAGUACGGAAUGGGAAGUGAGGUGUCAACAGAUGGGGAUGUGUACAGCUUCGGCAUCCUGUUGUUAGAGAUGUUCACAGGAAAGAGACCUACUGACGACAUGUUUAAAGACGGCUUGGACCUUCAUGGUUUUGGUAAGAUGGCUUGCUCUGACGGCGUUGCAAAGAUUGCAGACUCGAUGCUUCUUCAAGAAGACAUUGUUGGUACAAGCAUGAUGAAAACUCCCAAUCAGCAAUGCGUGAGAGCUGGAAAAAUUGAAGAGUGCUUGAGUCUGAUCUUUGGAAUUGGGAUUGCUUGCUCUGCUGAAUCACCAAGAGAUCGAAUGGAUAUUAGUGAUGCUGCAGCUGGAUUGCUUUCUGUAAGGAAAGUUCAUGUUGCAUAG